UGAAGCCCCGUUACUUUUACAAUCUAUCCUUGCCCUACUCAUUAUCGCUGUGGUUUGCUCUCUAUCUGCCGACUCUAAAUCGCGAUUUCUUUUUCGUUUAUUACAUUCCUACUAGUUUCAAACCCUAAUUUCCGAAGCCAACAACAGCUUCAUCGUCUACAUCAGGUUUAUAGUGCGAGAUGGCAUCCGUCUCCAGUCAGCCUCAGUUCCGGUACACACAGACCCCAUCCAAGGUUCUCCAUUUGAGAAACUUGCCAUGGGAGUGCACUGAAGAGGAACUAAUUGAACUUGGGAAGCCUUUUGGUAAAGUUGUGAACACAAAGUGUAAUGUUGGAGCAAACAGGAAUCAAGCCUUCAUUGAAUUUGCUGAACAAAAUCAAGCUAUAGCAAUGAUAUCAUAUUAUGCUUCAUCAUCAGAACCAGCUCAGGUGCGAGGGAAAACUGUCUACCUACAGUAUUCCAACAGGCAAGAAAUUGUGAACAACAAAACCUCUGCAGAUGUUGCUGGAAAUGUACUUCUGGUAACCAUAGAGGGCAAUGAUGCUCGCCUUGUCAGCAUUGAUGUCUUACACCUGGUGUUUUCUGCGUUUGGUUUUGUGCAUAAAAUCACAACUUUUGAGAAGACAGCUGGAUUUCAGGCCCUUGUGCAGUUUACAGAUUCAGAAACUGCUACUUCUGCAAAGGAUGCUCUUGAUGGAAGAAGUAUUCCCAGGUAUUUGAUCCCAGAGCUUGGACCAUGUUCUCUUAAGAUAACAUAUUCUGCACAUACAGAUUUGAGUGUAAAAUUCCAGAGUCAUCGUAGCAGGGACUAUACAAAUCCUAUGCUUCCUGUUGCAUCUUCAGCAAUAGAUGCUACUGGUCAGUUCAGUUUAGGUUUAGAUGGAAAGAAGAUUGAAUCAGAGAGUAAUGUUCUUCUUGCUUCUAUUGAAAACAUGCAGUAUGCAGUCACCUUGGAUGUUUUACACAUGGUAUUUUCUGCUUUUGGGCCUGUUUUAAAGAUAGCCAUGUUUGACAAAAAUGGUGGAGUUCAAGCUCUAAUUCAAUACCCUGAUGUUCAGACAGCUAUUGUAGCCAAGGAAGCAUUGGAAGGACACUGUAUAUAUGAUGGAGGGUUUUGCAAGCUUCACAUCUCUUAUUCUCGACACACUGAUCUAAGCAUCAAGGUGAACAAUGACCGCAGUAGAGAUUACACAGUGCCAGCUGGCGCACAGAUGAUGAAUUCACAACCGUCCAUCUUGGGGCAACAACCACCAUCAGGGCCGCCACAAUACGGCGGUGGUGGUGCACAGUACAUCCCUGCACCAGAAGGGUAUGCAGCAGCACCAGCACCUCAGUCGUCAGGAGGGUGGGCCCCGGGUGCGCCAGCUGGGCCCCAGUCAAUGCCAAUGCAUAUGCAGCAGCAGCAACAUCAACAUCCGCAACAGCAACAACAGCAGCAGAUGCAUAAUCAUCCUUACAUGCCACAUCAUCAGCAGCAGCAGCAUCAAGGCAUGCCAUCUGAAAUGGGUCAUGGGCCGGGUCACUAUAACGGGCAGAAUGGGUAUCCACCACAAGGUGGGCCACCGCCACCACGUUACCAUCAAUAGAAUCUUUAAUUUCCUUGUUUUUUUUUUUUUUUUUUUUAAAUGUUGUUUUGUGUUGUGAAGAUUGUUUUUCUAAUUAGUGGAAGCGGUUUGCAACUGGUUUUCAGAUUCUUGCAUUUUGCCCGCCAAAUUAUGUGUGAAAUUCCGAAUUUGUUGGGAAUUUUCCUUGUGUCAUUUAUUGAAAAAUACAAGCUAUUUUAUGGUAUUUUAAUCAGAAAAAAGAAAUUAAAAAAUCCUACAUUUA